UAGCACCUGAAUAAUAAAUUAUCAGCAGAAAGAAGAAUUCAGUGAUAAGAGAAAGUUCUAGAGAGAGAGAUUGAGAGAGAGCUUCAGAGUUUUAGACAGGCGAGAAGCAAUGGCGUCUGCUUUAACCAAAUGGCUCGUCGACCCAAACCGCAACCCGCUCGCCGCUCUCCACAUGAAGACGCUGUCCAAGCGCCUGCGGAAAUACGGUCUUCGAUAUGACGAUUUAUACGACCCCAUGUACGAUCUUGAUGUGAAGGAGGCGCUGAAUCGGCUUCCGAGAGAGAUCGUGGAUGCAAGGAACCAGCGCCUCAAGCGCGCCAUGGACCUCUCUAUGAAGCACGAGUACCUUCCUGAAGAUCUUCAGGCUAUGCAGACCCCAUUUAGGAGCUAUCUUCAGGAGAUGCUAGCUCUUGUUAAGAGAGAGAACGCCGAACGUGAAGCCCUUGGUGCUUUGCCGCUUUACCAGCGCACCAUUCCCUGAGUGGACUCUAUCUUGAGCUGAUUCUGAUAGAAUUGCAUGUCUUACAAUUGAAUAAGGGCAAGUCAUCCUCGUCCCUUUCUAAAAUGGACUAUAACGUGAUGUCUGAAUUUUGUACUCUGUUGAUAUGAGCACUAGGCUCUUAUUGUUUGGUUAUUGGUCCACGUUAGUGAUAUAUAAUGUUUACAAGAUGGUCCUUUCAAUUAAUUGCAUUACCAUAAGUUUGGACUAAUGAUUGUACUUUUCUGGGUUUUAAGUGGGUGUUUCUGGUUUAGUUA